UGUAGCUUAAAUAGUGCAGUGUUCAGUGACAUAAUGGCGUUGGAAUAUUUCCGCCGUUAAAUGGUUUGAAGAUUUUUCGGACUCAGAUCAAGUUUUUGUACAGUUCUACGACUUUCCUUACAAAUCAUCUUUCUCAUCGUAGAUAUAAGUUUUAAAUAUUGUGAUUUCAUGAUUUCAUUUCCUAACCGAUUAGCAUUAUCUUGCAUGCUGUUAGUAAAGCUUGAGAAAGUUGGCCGUGAACGGAAAAGCGCAGAUGCACAAACUCAGUGACGUCACAUUUCUUGUAUAAAAUGGCGGCAAAACUGGGAGUGGUUCUACUGAUCUACACACAAUCCCUUCUGUGUUUGGUAUCAUCGUCAGAUCCUCCGAAAAUCCAACCAUUUUCAUUUCCUGUUAAUCUUCAAGUAGGGUCACCAAUACGUGUCACAUGUGGUCUCGAAAAGGGCUCACCUCCUUUGACAUUUACUUGGAAGAAGAAUGGCAUCCAGUUGAAGCCGAUUCCAAACAAAGUACGUUUUUUAGAAGAUGAAGGAUUUGUCAUGCUUGAGAUCAAACGAUUGGAUGCGUCUGAUGUUGCUAAUUAUACUUGUGUCGCCAGAAAUUCAGCUGGUGAAGACUGGUUUACCUCUCAUCUUCUAGUGAAAGAAGGCGCCUCUGGUAUGUUGUGAAGUCCCAAAAGACGCCAUUGACAUAUAGAACGGUUUUGUGGAUAAAGGCAUCAAAGUAAAAGCUUUUUUAAUGGGUAAAGUUUUAUUUUCUAGCAUUUGUUUUGUGAACUUAGUUAUAUUUUCCACUGAUGCUACAAGAAAUUGAAGACGCUGGUGUGGAAGACAUCAGAAAACAUUGUCAAUUAGGUACAACAAUUCCCACUAUCGCAAUUCUACGUUUUCGCUUCGUACUUGCAGUGAAGUUGGAUGCUAGAGAUAUGACGUCAUAAAAAUAUAACUGAAAGAAGAUGGCGGUCGUUGAACAAUGGCUUACUACGGUUUUCUUGCUUCUGCUGUAUGUGUGUUUCGUAAUAU